AUGUCGAGCUCUUCAGUUUCUAUUCAAGCAAAAGAUAAUAUCAUCACGGAUGUGUCUAUUGUCAAAGAUACAUAUGAUGGCGGCGAGCCCCUACGGGACAUCUCCGGCGAUGUUAUCGAGGAUGGUCUUCGAAGAGGUCUCAAGGGUCGCCAAUUCGUGAUCAUCGCAUUGGGUAGUAUUAUUGGACCUGGAUGUUUCUACGGGCUGGGUUAUGGGAUCUAUGAAGCUGGCCCACUUGGAUUGCUUAUUGGAUUCUCUGUUGUUGGAGCUUCGAUGUGGAUAUUGAUGCAGAGUGUCGGUGAAGUUGCUACGCUAUUCCCAGUCCACGGCGGGUUUGUUGAGCACUGUGACCGGUUCGUGGAUCCGGCACUUAGUUUUGCUGUAUCAUGGCUGUACUAUUUCAUGUGGAGCGUCUUCCUGGCCUCGGGUAAAUUCUGGAUUCCCGAGUCGGCCGUUCCGGUUUGGGCUUGGUAUAUCCUGAUCUUCGUCUUCUUCUCCAUCCUCACAACUUUAGGAGUCAAUUACUAUGGCGAGAUAGAGUACUACUCUGGCAUGUUUAAAUUCCUGUCACUAAUCGUGCUCUUUUUCAUCUCCAUCCUCGCCAAUGUCGGUGCAUUUGGUAAUGGAUAUGUGGGAUUCCGAUACUGGAAAGAACCUUACGGGCCUAUCCAGAACGGAGUCAAUGGCUUCGGACAAGUCUUUGUUAUGGCAGCUGCAUAUUACGUCGGAACCGAGAUCGUUUCCGUCGCAGCAGGCGAGUCCAAAAAUCCUCAGCGCGAUGUUCCUAGAGCCACAAACUCUAUCCUCUAUCGCAUCCUUGUCGUGUUCAUCGGCAUGGCUUUCUUCCAAGGACUCAUCUGUCCAUCUACAUCAGACGACUUGGUCCACCCAGGAUCCAAAACGGCCUCUUCCCCAUUCACCAUCGGCUUCACUCUUGCCGGAUGGAAGUCAUCUGCUCACUUUGUGAACGCGAUCAUUCUCAUUGCAUUUGUGUCUGCAGCUAACGGAGUUGUGUACAUCCAAUCCCGAACACUGUACUCGCUAGCAUUGAAACGCAAAGCACCGUCGUUCUUCGCGAUAACAACUGCCAGAGGAGUUCCUUACGUGGCUAUCCUUUUCUCAAAUAUGUGGGGCUUCCUCGGCCUGAUGUCCCUGCAAACCACGGCGGGUAGUCUCUUCUCCUACUUUACCUCCUUCGGGGGCACAGCCGCUUACAUCGCCUGGGCUGUGAUUACCAUCGUGCAGCUCAGAGUGCGCGCUGCCGCAAAAAGGAAGGAUAUUGACGUGAAAACCUUCCCCUUCACUGCACCCGGCCAUAUCUCGAUCUACUGGGGCAACUUCGUCUUCAAUAUCUUCCUCUUGUUGAUUCAGGGGUUUACGGUCUUCGAGACCCCGUUCAACUACCAGUCAUUUAUUGCGUCAUAUAUCAGUAUUCCGGUAUUCUUUUUCAUGUUUGUUGGGUAUAAGUGGUGGUUCAAGACCAAGUGGGUGCCCCUUGACAGCAUUGACUUCUCAGGAAGACUCCAACGGUCUACUGAGGAGCAGGACAAUGUACAGAAAGCAUCAUGGACUCGUAAGAUUCUGGAUGUGCUGAAGGACUAG